CCGAUGAUGCAAAUUCGCCUACCUCAAUAUAAGCGAAUCGAGUACAAAUAUGUAGAGAAACACAGGCUGAUUGAAUCCGUACAACGGCGGAAUCAUUCUCUCGUUGACAUUUCACCAUGACGAUACUUUCGAUACUCCUGUUUAUCCCGCUUUUUGGGCAGAUUGCAACAGCUAUCAAUCUCAUUGUAAGAAACACUUCUUCGGGGCCAGUCACUGGUUUCAGCGAUCGCGACACACCAAAUGUCGCCCAAUUUCUCGGGAUUCCUUACGCUGAAUCGCCAGUGCAUGAAAGACGAUGGCUGCCACCGAUUCCGAAGACUGAGGUAGAAAACAUCAAUGCGACGGUUUUUGGCAAUAAUUGCCCCCAGUUCUUGCCUAAUAUACCCACCAUCAACACGGAGGAUACACCUGAAUUCAAUGUUCCCCAGGACAGUCGAACAGGGGAAGACUGUUUAUCGUUGAGUAUAUGGGCUCCGAAGGACCAUAGCAAUAAGAAUGCAGCAUUGCCUGUACUUAUUUGGCUUUACGGAGGCGGAUUUUAUACUGGAGGUGUUGAUAUUCCAUAUCAAAAUCCAAGCUCAUGGAUCGAAAAGAGCCAGAAACAUAUUGUAGUCGCAGUCAAUUACCGCGGCAAUAUAUUCGGCUUCCCAAACGCAGCUGGCUUGAAAUCGGACGAGCGCAAUCUAGGGCUCCUCGAUCAACGUCUCGCUCUUGAGUUCGUACGCUCGAAUAUUGCUACUUUUGGAGGCGAUCCCGAUCGCUUGACACUUUGGGGCUUCAGUUCAGGAGCGAUGUCUGUGGAUUAUUACAACUUCGCCUACUACGAAGACCCAAUUGUUCGAGGCCUGAUCAUGCACUCUGGAACUGCAGAAAUAGAGCUGAGCUCGCCCGCUUCGGACCAUUCCAACUUUACAUACGUUGCUAGCCAUUUCGGAUGCGGGAACCUCAGUGCACAAGCCGAAGUGGAUUGCUUGAGAAAUACCAGCGCUGACGAUAUCAUUGAAUUCAUUGAAAAUGAAUACAAUACUGGUGCCGUCCCGUCUCUCGCUUUCAGUUACGUAGUGGACAACCGAACUGUGUUCGCCAACUACACUGAAAGAGCUCUCAGCGGAAAGUCAGCAAAGAUACCGGCCAUAAUUGGAACUGCCACCAAUGAAGGAGAGGCAUUCACAGCAUACAACAAGACUUAUGGCCCCGACAAAGCCGAAGCCGACUUCUACACUCUAGGCACUUUUCUCUGCCCAAGUGUCAAAACUACGCAGGAUCGCUAUGCUGCGGGGCUCACCACAUACCGCUAUCUGUACGGCGGAAAUUUUAGCAAUAUCUCGCCACAGUGGUGGGAAGGCGCAUAUCACGGCUCAGACUUGCCGAUGGUUUUUGGAACUUCGGGGAUCGCAAAUGGUCCUUCGACCGCAUUGGAGCUUGACGUCUCAGCAAAGAUGCAAGAUUACUGA